AUGGCAGAAAAAAGAGAGAAUAGAGGCCAUUUCCGGAUAGUAAUCUGGACAUCUAUUGCUGUCCUAAUAGGGGCAGCAUGGAUCGCAACGUCACGUCCUCAGUCGCAAUGUCGUUGCUUUCCUGGCGACACUUGCUGGCCAUCGGCGGAAGAAUGGGAUUCACUCAAUAAGACUGUGGGAGGUCGACUGAUAGCCACAGUACCGAUUGCUAGUCCAUGCCACGAUAGUUUCCCCGGCGUUAGCUUCGAUGCCGAAAAAUGCGCCCAAAUCCAAGCAAACUGGGGACGUCCUGAGCUUCAUUAUGAGAGCACUCAUUCACCCAUGGCUGCCUUCUUCGCCAACAUGAGUUGCGAUCCAUUCACACCUCGGGACGCGCAGUGUAUCGUAGGUGCUUAUGUACCUUAUGCUGUUAACGCCUCAAGUGCCGAGGACUAUCGUCACACAGCAGCAUUUGCGACGAAGCACAACAUCCGCCUAGUUAUCCGGAAUACAGGACACGAUUAUAUGGGCAAGUCGACGGGGGCGGGCGCACUCGCAUUAUGGACCCGUAACAUUGGGGACAUCUCAGUCUUGGACUAUGAAUCUACGGGUUACACCGGAAAAGCGAUGAAAAUUGGAGCUGGCGUGCAGGCCUCUGAAGCACAGGAAGCCGCCAAUGCACACGGCCUCAUCGUUGUUGAAGGUGACUGCCCAUCGGUAGGCAUCGCGGGUGGCUAUAUUCAAGGAGGCGGGACCAGCCCGCUGGGGUCCAAGUUUGGGCUCGCAGUCGAUCAAGUUCUCGAAUGGGAGGUGGUCACUGCAACUGGGAAACUUCUGGUAGCAACUCCAAAUCAAAAUGAGGAUUUGUAUUGGGCUCUUUCGGGCGGUGGCGGCGGUACGUAUGGAAUGGUGCUUUCGGUAACGGUGAAGCUACACCCAAACAUGCCGACAGCUAGCGCCACUCUUUCUUUCAUCGAAUCUUCGGAUGCGUAUUGGGAUAUUGUACAAACCUUUAUAACAAACCUACCAGCAAUCGAGGCUGCCGGUGUUACCGUCUACUGGCAAACUAUACCAGGAAACAUGUUCCGGAUGCCGCAAUCAUACUUUCCGAACGGAACUGCCGAAGAACUCGAACGUCUGUUACAGCCAACGCUAAAAGCAUUGGAUCGUAGUGGUAUCCCGUAUGACUUUUCCACUACCGUCUUUCCAACCUUCCAGGACUCUUUUAACACUUUGGUUCCCGAAACGGACGUCUAUGAGGUCAAUAUCGGAGGCCGCAUUAUUCCGCAAUCACUCGUGACGUCCGACAGCGCCGCUCUCGUCGACGCCAUUAAGACUAUCGUAAGCAAUGGUGGCGUCUUGUCUGGCGUCUCGAUGGACGUUAGUCGGCUACCCCCAUCUCCCAACUCCGUUCAUCCGGCUUGGAGGAACUCGCUAUUCCUAGCAUUUAUUUCCACUAUGUAUGAUCGACAUAAUAUGACUGCGAAUCUUAUUGAACACCAAAAAGUCACCAACGUGCUGGUUGCCGCCCUAGAUAAGCUGACGCUAAGCGGCGCUGCUUACAUGAAUGAGGCUGAUUUCAAUGAGCCCAAUUGGCAGCAGGUCUUCUACGGCGAGAACUAUGCCAAGCUCUUGGCCAUCAAGCGGAAGUAUGAUCCGGAUGACAUUUUCUGGGGUCCGACAGCCGUAGGAAGUGAGGCGUGGGAGGUUGCUACAGACGGAAGGCUCUGUAAGGCAGGGAAAAAGUGA